ACAUAAACCAAGUUUGUCAAAGUCCAUACGUCAGCUUUUUCUUCACAUCAAUUUCUGUACUUUACCCAUUUUUGCCUUCCAUUCUUGCUUCUUCUCUCUCUGUUUCUUUCUCGAUAUAUAUAUAUAUAUAUAGAGAGAGAGAGAGAGAGAGGAAAAUCACGAUGAACUUGGAAGGCAUGGAGUGGAGAUCUGAAACCCAAAUUUGUAAUGAUCAUGAUGAGCUCGGAAGGCAUGAAGGAAAAGAAGAAGAAGAAGCAUCUAAACAUUCAAAUGUCAUGAAAACAUUAAGCGGCUCUGGAAAGGAGGAACUCAAGAAAAUUCGUCUAAUGAGAGAGAUAGUUGAAACGCAAGAUCCCUCCUCCAAGGAAGUGGACGACCUGACGAUAAGAAGAUUUCUACGUGCUCGAGAGUUAGAUAUUGGAAAAGGUUCGGCAUUAUUCCUCAAGUACUUAAAAUGGAGAAGAACAUUUGUACCAAAUGGUUCAAUUUCUACAAUGGAAGUGCCAAAUGAAAUUGCUCAGAACAAGAUGUUUCAUCAAGGAUUAGACAAGAAAGGACGUCCUAUAAUGGUUGUCUUUGGUGCUAGGCAUUUUCAAAAUAAACUUGGUGGCCUUGAGGAAUUCAAGCGUUAUGUGGUCUUUGGUCUUGACAAACUAUGUUCAAGGAUCGCAGUAGGACAAGAGAAAUUUGUUGCGAUUGGAGAUCUCCAAGGUUGGGGAUAUGCAAACAGUGAUAUCCGUGGAUACCUUGCAGCUCUCUCCAUUUUGCAGGACUAUUAUCCAGAAAGACUUGGAAAGUUGUUCCUUGUUCAUGUUCCUUACAUAUUCAUGGCAGCAUGGAAGAUCAUUUACCCUUUUAUCGAUAACAAAACUAAGAAGAAGAUAGUAUUUGUGGAGAACAAAAAUAUAAAAUCAACUCUACUUGAAGAUAUAGAUGAGAGCCAACUCCCACAGAUAUAUGGAGGUCGAUUGCCAUUGGUUCCUAUCCAUGAAUGUUAAAUCAUCAAUUUUCCAUUCUAAUGAAAAGAUAAGUCCUAUACAUAUAUAUAACCUUAAUUUCUUGACAAUUUUUUUUUUUUUUUUUUUUUUGGGGUUGGAAUUAUGGAUCAAACAUUUAAAUCUAUGGAUGAUGCAUGGUUAGGAAAAACUUUUAUUUUCCCUUUAAAGUUUCUAUCUUAAUUUGUUUCAA